UCCCAUCAUGCACCGCGAGGUCUGCAGUAUAUUAUUGACAAAGGAAAGCGGUUGGAGAGGAAUAACAACAGGGUGGGAUCACACACGCAAACACACUCGGUGACACGAACCCGUGUGCUGACAGCUAGUGUCAUGUCAUGGCCCCAAGACGCUGAGAGCGUGAAGUGCCAUUUCCUUCAAUAUUGAGUUUACGCAGCGUGAUCGUGUGGUAGUGGGGGUUCCAGCGCAGGCACAUCGUGGACGGAUAAGAGCUCAGCGGGAGCCAAUGCAGCAGCAUCAUCAUCGACAGCCUGAGCUGGUGGAAGGAAGCCUUCCCGUGUUCGUGUUCCCCACUGAACUCGUCUUCUACGCAGAUGAGCAGACGUCUCACAAGCAGGUGCUCACUCUCUACAAUCCUUAUGAGUUCGCCCUCAAGUUUAAAGUGCUCUGCACAGCGCCAAACAAGUACAGUGUGGUGGAUGCCACUGGAGCCGUCAAGCCACAAUGUUGUGUUGACAUAGUAAUCAGACACAGAGAUGUGCGGGCAUGCCAUUAUGGUGUGUAUGACAAGUUCCGGCUGCAGGUGUCGGAGCAGAGUCAGCGCAAAGCUCUGGGUCGCAAAGAGGUGACGGCAACGCUCCGCCCCUCUGCCUCACAGGAGACGCCCAGCCCCCGGCCCCAAGAUGAGGAACGCAGAAUCAAAGAACAGUUCGCAGAAAGCGAGUUUUUUGAGCAGACUGCAUUUCAGUCAGAGAGCCGUCCUGUUGCUGGGGGGCCCAGUCUGCUGACGGUGCUGCUUGGGCUGGUGUGUAUGGCCGCCCUGAUGCUCCCGACACUAGGGGAGCAAGAAUCUACUGUGCCUGUCUACCUCCACUUAAGUGUUAACAAGAAACUUGUAGCUGCUUAUGUUCUUGGUCUUCUAACAAUGGUCAUCCUGCGCACAUGAAAUGCUGUGAGCUGAGCUGAGGAGGGAAAAUGACCUCUAAGACUCGAGAGAACAUUCUCACACCAGAGGCUCGACUACACCUCAGUGUGUAGAGCUGACAGCAGGGGAGACGGUGCGUUUCUUCAAUCCGCCCCUCCCCUCUGUGGAGGAUUCAUUUAAGCAUACUUGUUUUCAAACACACACAUUUGUGUUGAUACAUACAGUUACACACAACUGACCUGGUGCAAAGAGCAGAAACCUCUGGUGUGGAAGUCCAAAUGAAUGCUUGAUGUAAGAGGAGCUGUCCCUGAAUGGGGCCAUGAGGUGAAGAAACAUGAGGCUGGUCAAAGUGUUUGUUUGGCCUCCAUUUUUCCUGUAUUGAUAUUUCUGUUGCCAUUAUGUGACAAAGUGGUGAACUCAAGUGUGAAGAAUCUACUUGCAAAAAUGUAUAUAAAGCCAUUAAAGUUUUGUAAUGGUA